GUGACUAAAUAUAAGCGCAAGAUAUAAAAUGUUAUUGAGUUGACCUUUAGUUCUCACUUUGGCGUCUAGCGGUCAGACCAAAGGCAUUACUUGUCCUGGAUCCCAUACUUUCAACCCCUGUAAGUUUUAUUUUAGUUCUGUGCUUGUUUGAGCUGUCAAUGUUUGUACAUUCAAGUAGAAAAUGUCUUCCAAGUUUCUCAGUUUUCAAUUCACCAUUUGUUAGAUAUGUGUGGAAUUUCUUGUUUCAGGAACAUAAUUAUUAAGCGUUAUAGCGAAAAUAAGAUUUAUUUAAAACCUUAACAACUUUUUGGAUGGAUAUACUUGCUAGAUGUCUGUUGGCUAUUAUCGUCCAUUCUUCUGUCCUCAUUAUUAAAGAUAGGUCUAUGGACCUGUAGUAAUCCUUGCAAUUCAUAAAGCUAUGGAGGUCGCCUUGAAUGUAUCAACAGAAGGGGCUAAUAUUGCUUGGCCUGGUAGAGAACUCAACUCGUUCACUACUUUGUGCGAGAAACAACUCCAGGCGUAAACUGUGAUCUUGGUUUUUGAACUUUCCUAGAAUGUCCUCCCAAAUGAACAGACCUACAUAAAGGGGAAAAGCGGACAUUAGUACCACUGUCAUACGGGAAGUCAAUAUUAGGUCACCCCGAAACCUACGGGAUUUGAAUCGACCACGGCAUCUCUGUGCUAAUGUGGUGUGGCAACUCGAACUGAUGUACGUACGUACGUACGAAGUCCUACGUUUUUACUGACUGACUGACCCCGAAACCUGUGGUAAGAUGACGGGAAUAGAUUGUGGCGUCACAGUCUGUCUCCAUAAGAUAAGCCAGAGAGCCCUUUUACGAUUUUGGUCCCUCGCUGUUGAACUCGUCCCGGCACAUCCGCUCUAUAUUUGAAUCAAGGGUCUACUGCUUUGAUCCCAUUUUCCGUAUGCGGCUCCACAAAAGUCGGGUAUAAUACCCCAUACAUUUCCUCGUCCAAGUACUGAAAUGACUUGAGAAUAAACCGUAAGCCCCUUAAACCUUUGACAGUAGCAGCCUUGCAGUUACUUGUCGUUCUGAGGUCGACUCCCGGAAUUUUUUAGUCCAUUACUUUAGGUAACAACGGCAAGACUAAUUUAUGGACGAGCCAACCAGAGGCGUUUUAGAGAUUUCAAGGUUACGGCGUCAACUUCAGUGCUUAAUGCUAACGUACUAUCGGUUCACAGGGAAUUUUGUACAAAACGUGAUAAUUGGGCGGUUAUAACAAAUAAAACGGCGGGACUAUAAUUUGUGGACGAAUCAAUCAGGUAUAAGAUAAUAGGUCUUGGAUUUUAAAGCGAAAGCCUUUCAUCCAUUUGGCUAAAUAGAUUUCUGGCAUUAUAGCUGGUGUCAGUUCGUGAUGAAAACUCCAUAUAUAAUUCCUAAGGCAAAUUACGACAAUUGUUGCGCACCAGUAACACUGGCUACAGCCAGGUACUACAAUAUAUACGGAUGUUUGGAGAGCGUGGACUCCUACAUAGACUUGGUUAUGUGCAUCGUGUCGUUAUCCAAAAGUAGCAUUUUAUGCACUGAACAACUGAAGUGCACAUAAACAAUAUUGAAGCUAUGUAGUCGAGGCUGAAAGAGUCUUUAAGACUUUAUCAUGGCUCCAGAGGCCGACUAUUCUGUAGCCGUAUGAAUGAUUUCCUCUACUGCAUAAAUUAUGAUUUUAGAACCUCUGAAACUCUUUCUAACCUUGACAAGUUUUGAACCAUGUAUAAGAAGUGUUUCCACUUUAUUUCCUUGGUUUUGUAUAACAUAUUUUUACUCUAUACUGACUGUUUGCUGAUUGGCUAAUAUUUCUCAAGGUCGCUUGAGAUUCAUUCAAAGGUCGUCCAUAAAUUAGAGUCUCGCCUUAACUUUUAAUGACCAUCUACCCGUCCAUGCACCAGUUAAUUUGGGUUAUCCGGCAAUAUUGUUCUCUCUGACAGUGUGUAUGGGUUUCCAAAUCUUCAUGUCAUCUGCAAAGGGUAUAAUAGGUGACUGCUACAUUUAGUAAGUUAUUUACAUAAAUUUAAAAGGAGGACCGAGGAUUGCACCUUGAGGAACUCCGCUUUUUGCAGAUUUUCACGUUGAUAAAGCCCGAUUUUCAGUUGCCUAUUGUCCUCUAUCAUUGGAAAAGUCAUUUAUCCAAUCUGUGUUUUCAUAAUGGCCCCUAAACUUUCCAGUUUUAAUUUAAGGCCCAGAUGAGAGACUUUGUCAAAGGCUUUACUUAGAUCUGUGAAAAUUACAUCUACAAGAAUAUUUUUAUCUUUCGCUGUAGCCCAAUCUUUUCUUGCAAUGAGCAAAUUUGUCAAGUGUGAUAGGUUUUUGUUAAAACCAUAUUGUUCCUUGAAUAAAAGAUUAUGCCCUAUCACAUAGUUUAAAACAGCCAUCAGAGUAAUUUUUUCAAUUAGUUUGACAACUACACUAGUUAGACUAACCGAUCGAUAGUCACUAACCAAGUCCCUGCUCCUCGCUUUAUAACCCUAACUGAUUAUUAUGUGUUCUAAGUCUCUUGGCAGCCUGAACUGCCUCAACGACAUAUCAGACAGUAUGGCCAGAGGUUCAGGCAUUACAUCUGGCAGGGCCUUCAUCAUCAGGAACACUGGGCUUAUCUGGUUUGAGAUGAAAUCGUAAGACAGCUUUCUCAAUAGCUACGAGAUCCAUCGACGGGUUGGCAUUAUCAGGAUUAAUUAUCGGUCUUUCACAAUCACCGGCAAAAAAACACUACUAAAAUAUUCUGAUGAUGCUUUAGCUUUCGCAACAUCACUUUUUGCCAUUACCAAUGGGUUUUCUUCUGGCGAAUGUUGUGGGGUCCCAUCACUUCUCUAGGUUCACCCUUUUAUAUACGAGAAUAACCUAUUCGGACUAUUUUUUUCACAAUUUUUAGCCAAUUGUUUUCCAUAUGAAUGUUUAGCCUUUCUUAGUGCUUUUCAAACGUUUCUAGUUUUACAGUGAAUGAAUAUGUACUGUUCAGAGUCUGUAGAGAUAUGCAUACUCCAAUGCCUUUCCUACGUCUAAGAAAGUUCUUGACCUGUUUGGUUAUCCAUGAUAGACACUUUGGGUCUACAUGUUACUGAGCAUGAUACAAACAGGGCGUAACUAAACUAGGCUUUUAGGAAUUCUAGAUCCCCCAGAACUCACGUGGCAAAUGUCUCACUUUUGUAAUUUUAUUUUGGAAAUUUGAAUUUCGCGCCAAAAGCGCCCAUUAUCACAUUCAUAUCGUAUUUCCUACUUGGAAGGACCUUAAACGUAAUUGGUUCGUUGUCUCUUUUAAUAUGUUAUUUCGUAACGUUUCCCGACGACAUUUAUAUAUUGUAUAUAUAUACGCUUGAGUUGUGCUUUUUUGUUCGUGCUUCUGGCUGCUUGUGGAAUACAUUUUUCUCCUGAACCUGAACUUCUCUCUUUAGUUAACGGGGCUGGGACACAUCAGAAUAGUUAGCUUAUCUCAUCAUUGUGUCACUGAGUUUUCAUUUCGUUCCCAGAUUAUGUGAACUCGUAAUCUCUUCAAACAUAGUGUAAGUGUACCUUUAAAUAUAGACCAUGCCUCUUCAAUUUAUAAGCUAGUAUUUACUGACCAGUCCGUUGUUGCAGCGCACUUCUAAAUUGCUGAUAUGUUUGCUCUCCACUUAUUUGGGCGAGGUUUGACCUGAUCGUAUAUUAUGUUAAGCUUUAAAGAAGAAUGACAAAAAAGUGUGAUUGCUAUUUGCUAUCGGCGGGAGAAUAUUUAGAUAGGCAGUAUCCUCGGUUGCAUGAGUGAUUACUAAGUUUAAGUAAGAAGAUCCUUGGUUUGGACCAACACGUGUGGGUUCGGGUACACGCUGUACUAAAAAUGCUCCAUUACUGUUAUCAGGAGCCCACCAUCGAAAGCGUUUACAGAUCCUACGGUGGCCACCUCGGUCCAACUAAUAUCAGGUGCAUUAAAAUCUACUAUCGCGCGUCUGUUACUUUUACUUUAUAGCUGGACGUGUUUCAAACUAGUCAUUAGCUGAACAGAUUGGGCUACGAUUGAUGACACUUAGUAUAAGUAUACAACAUUCAAAGUGAGGCCACAGCUAAUGACUUCACAAGAUCGACUAUCUUGAGAUUCACAAAGGAACGAAUGUUUACGUUAUUAGCUAUGCAUAUAAAGACCCUACCCCCCUCAUGGACUGGUACCAUAUCAUAUAUGUCUACACCCAGUCUUCCUUUAACCCAUUAUUUGAACAGGUAGCUGCUCGAGAAAUGUGACUAUAGUUGGACUUCGGUAUAGCUUUUACAAAACCAGGACAUUUGACCUACUUACGUACAUAUGUGCAGCUAACCCCAUGACCACUAAUCGUCAACCUAAUGACUUUGUCUCGUCGCGAUCCCGAAAGGCAGCUUGAAUUUUGUAAGAUCAACCUACUUGAGAUGAGAUGUUUAAGUAGUCAUAAAAUGACAAAACUGCGCAUCAGUAAGCUAUAUACCAUUAUGAGAUUGGGGCGGGAUUAACAUGCUCAUAUUUAUUCCGUUACACCUCUCGCUUUUCACUUGAUAUCCCGUUGUUUGCAACCUUUCUGCACGUAUGCCUGCUCUGCUGUGGGGUCUUUUUACACGGAAAGUAAGUCAGCGAAAUGCAUUUGAAUGUUUCUUUCAUAAACUUACCUCAAAAAACUAGUAAUAGCCUCUGUUUCAUCUGUGCUAUGGAAGUUUAUUGAUAUUCAUGAGUACAGAUUUCAACUAUAAUGGUUUAUGCUACUUGAAGUGGUGACUACUGACUACAAUUACCAAGUUCAAAUCCUAUUUGAUUUAUUGGGAAUUGACUUUAACAUUUUUGUGACGACAAAUACUUUGUUAGCGAAAUUCACCUGCUGACGAGGUUAUUAUUCAGUGGUAAGAUAUUACCAUCUGACCUUCACACUAAAAUUUCACAUAUAGUUUGUCACUUUCCGUUUUAGGUCUUCAGUUGACUCCUGUAGAAUGUGUAUAUCCUGGAGUAUGUAUUAUCUGAUAGGCUAGUUUUAAAAAGACCUCACUAGUUUGUCUGGUUAAUACUUAAAUCAAGGUAAUAACCAGUGAAGAAGGAUAAUUAAUCUGGAGUUAGUUUCCUUAUUAUGGUGAAAGCCUGAUAACUUCAUCUCUGUGCUAAUGGAGUAUGGCAGCUUGAACCGAUGUACAUGCGUAUAGGUUCUACCUUGUGACUGACUGUCGUGGUGAAAAAAUCGUGCGUACUUGUUUUAUUUGGAGGAGGGUUAGUGAGCUUAUGAAUAUAUAAAUAAGUUUAUGGAUAGGAAAAUCCAGUGUUUAAGGGCAUUUAAACAGCUACUGAACUGUGGCAAUAUUUUAAGACAAGUUCGAAUCAAACAAUUUCGAGUAAGGUCUAGGCGUUUUGCAAUCUUUCGUGCUGAUGAUUGUUAUCCGAUCAUUUCGUCUCUAAUUAUGAACUCUAAGUAGUACAUUCUGUUGCAACAGUAUGUUUGAAUUUAUUUUACUGUUUGUGAUGUGUUCGUUUAUCUGCUCUUUUAGCUUCUCUAUUGUUCUUGUUCGAGCCUACGGAUAUCUUUGUCGACUUGAUAUUUUUAUAUUCAUGUGGAAGACUCAAAUAUAAUCUCUGAUGCAUUUAGAAUGACUUGUUUUAGUCUGUAUAGCGUAAUUGUUUUGUUGUAGUGAUAAAUGAACGCAUCAAUACACCAGCAAGUUUCAAAGAAUGAACAGGUUACUGAAUCUUCCUCUGGUGCUGAUGGUAAUGCCACGGAUACGUCCGUUCAUAAGACAGAAGAUACUGAUUUGUUGAACCGGUCAGCUUUUCGAAGGGAUAGUGGCUCUCGGUCAACUACAAAAAAGGUUAAAAUUGUUGACCCGAAGCAAAAUGUGGAGGCUGACUCGGAUGAUGAAGAUUUAUUACCACAACCAAGUAUUGCUGGGGUCCCUGUCAUCGGGGAAUCAGUUGGUGCUGUUAAUUGCGGUCAGUCAAAUGACCAACAAGCUUCCGCAACUUCCGCUGACCGCAAGAAAACAAAGGAAGAACGGAAAAAGGAACGUGAAAAGAAAAAAGAGGAGGAAAUGCUGAAAAAAUAUCAAGCGGAACAAGAAGCCAAACAAAAAGUAUCAGCGAAAUCGAAAUGUAGUCGCUGGAUAAAACACAAUCUCAAGAUUGGUGAGGGUGGGUAUAAAUUCGUUUACCGUGGAUAUGAUAGCGUUGAAGCUAGAAAUGUUGCAUGGUGCGAAUUUAAACGUGAGCAUGUUGAUACCAAAGAAAAACGUCAAGCAAUGUUCAGGGAGACGGAGAUUAUGUUGAAGAUGAAUCAUCCACACAUUGUCAGAUGUUUUGAUGUUUUCAGAGAGUGGAUUGAUAUGGAAGAUCCGAACAAUCAAAUUGAAGAAAAAGGAGUCGUAAUUAUCCAAGAACUGAUGGGCGAAGGGACUUUAAAAAGCGUAAUCAGAAAGAAUUUCCUAGAUGGCCAGUGCAUCCUUAAAUUUCCUCUUAUUACACGCUGGUGGCAUCAAAUUCUCGAUGCCUUGCGUUAUAUGCACCAUAAAAUCCAACCUCCUAUUCUCCACAGAGAUUUAAAAGCUGACAACUGCUUUUUGUACGGUGCAUCAGAUGAAGAAUAUUUAAAUGUUAAGGUUGGAGAUUUUGGUUUGGCAACUCAUGUGAGUAACAGUGGAAGGAAAACUAUGCUGGGCACAUUGGGUUUUAUGGCGCCAGAGAUUUUUGAUGAAAAAUAUGACGAAAAAGUCGACAUUUAUGCUUUUGGCAUGUUAAUGUUAGAAGUGAUGACAAAUCGUACACCUUAUGAUGAGUGUGAAACAGUUUUACAAGUAGCAGCUAAAACAAUGUCUGGACAGGGUCCGGACAUAAUGCAAAUGGUAUCAAAUCCAUCUCUUCGUGAAGUAAUCAGUGCAUGUAUUCAACCUUUGACAUGUUUUCGUCCUACUGCUGAUGAGUUGUAUUUCCAUCCAUUAUUUCAACCAAAAACAUUACCUGUGGAAGUGGAACCGAAUUAUGACAAUGCUACUGAUCGUGCAGAGGUCCUGGAUCGUUUUGUUCGUUCUCUUGGUAAUCCAGAAACACGUAACCCAAAUUUCAACUUGCGAUUAAGAUUUCGUGAUAAAAAGAUGUUACAAGAGUUGGGAUUAGAUGAUGGGGAAUCUUUAGAAUUCGAUCUUGAUAUUUAUAAAGCUGAAGAUCAAGAUAUUCCAGAUCUGAUUCAUAAUUUGAGACUUGGAUAUGAAGAUAAACUGUGGCGUGUGUUUGAAAAUCCAAAGCAACCUGAUAAAAAGGUUGUUUCUAGUCAUUUAGACAAACUUUUCAGUAGUAUAAGAUUACAAAUGCAAUUUCUGGUCAAAGUUUUGUUAGGUAAACGUUGGAAAGCCAUUCUAGAUUCACUUGUUCAAGAUCAACCUGUACGUAAAAAACAAGAGGGUGCUUCCACUAUUGAUGAAGAUGAUGAAAGUGAUACAGAUGCAUAUGAUACAAGUAGCUUCACUAUCAUUGGGAAGUAUAAGAGCAAAUGGAACAGAGCUAAGAAGUUAUUAGAGAAAGAAAUACAAGCUUAUAGAAAUUCUACUAUUACUGUUUCUUCUGCUAGUUCUUCAAAUGUUAUAUGCAGUGCGGUUAAUACAAUUGCACCUACAUUAACUUCUUCAGUUACUUCUACCACUCCAAUGCUUACUGUAGUUGUGUCUCAAUCGAAUAUGGAUACGAUGCACAAUCCUGUCAGUGCAAGUGGUGUUGGAACUCCUGGACAGGUAUCUAUAGUCCUUCCUAGCAAAACCAUAUCAGAACCAAUUGAUAGCUAUUACUCAAAUCCUUAUGGUUCACAUCAAGUUUCUUCCACAGGUCCUGGUUUAACAUCUAUUGGUAAAUUUACUGUUACGGUUCCACCAAGUGCUACAGCUGCUCCAGCUACUCCUAAUGUUCUUCCUUCUUUGUCUGUCAAUGGACCAGGACCAACUCCAACUCCAACACCCAUUCCUCCUCAACAAAGUGUUGUAAUUCAGAAGUCUUCGGAAGUUCCUAUAUCUUCAUGUUCAAAUAGUUCAACUACACUGUAUGCAGCACCUGUUUCUUUGCAAACCGAUGUAAACUUAUGUGCUCGUCGCCCGAUUUCUGACCAAAAGAGUACAAUUAUUACGCCAAACAUAUCUUCACAAGUGUCCACUGCUCCACUAGCUGGUGGCUCAUCUUCACAACAACCAUUGAAUCAAAAGCCUCCGCUACCAUUUCAAUCACACCAAUCUAUUCCAUCUAUAAGCACUUCUCAAACUCAAUCGUCCGGUUUUGUUCCACCUCAAUCACCACUGUUAAAAUCCGAUAUGGAUUCUACUCAUUUAAAUAAUUUAGAUACUAUAGCUCGUUCUGCAAUGAUACUACAACAAGUACUUCAAGGGAUCACAUCAAAUUCUAUAGCCAAUCCACCUGUUUCCACAACUGAGUCUUUCUUGAAUUCCCAAGCCGAAGGAGCCAAUCAAAAUCAUCCAGUCAGUUCAGUUUUUGCACCUCCUGUUUUAAGUGAUCAUCAAUCAGUGAUACAACAAUCACAACAUCCUACUUCUAUAAAGAAUCAAUUCCAAUCUCACGUUGGGACAUUGAACGUGAACGAUAUUGGUACAAGUUUACAAACAGUAACGUCCGGUUUAGGAGGUAUUCAACAUAGUAACUCUGCUCUUCAAAAUGAGAAUUUUGUUCAGCCAGAAUCUGAUCCUCCUCAAAAGACUGAUCAAUCUUCUCUACUGUUUAAUUCGGAGCAUGCCUCAUUGAUUAACCAACUUACUGAAGUUAUUAACAAUGCUACUGCUCAAAGAUUAUUAUUAAGUGGAAAUAAUUAUAUAUCUUCUAUGAAUGCUUUGUACAACGAUGCUCAACAGUCUCAACAGCCAAUCUUAAAUAAUCAAGUAGCACUGUCGAACUAUCUAUCGAGACAAAGUUCAACACAACAACAGCAAAAUCAGUUGGAAAAUGUAACGUCUGUAGUUAAACCGACUGAGCGUAGAACAAGAAAAAAAUCGAAAUCGAAACCACGGUAUAUUUUACGCGUUACUAAAAUUGAACGAGAUUCUGAAAACUGUGAACCUGGUAACUUUAGACCAACAUUCUACUUAGAAAUGCCAGAUAUCAAUAAUCCAAAUAAUGAAUUAUGGAAGAUAACUUUUCGUUGUAAUUUAUCCGAUACACUGGAAGACAUAAAGUUGUUUCAAGGAUCUGACUAUACUCCUGUUAACAAGGAUAUUGAUCGCGCCGCUAAAGAAGGAGUUAUGAAAUUACUGGAAGCUCUACGUAAUGAUGUCCAUUCUGUAAAGUUGAACCAAGAUUAUAUUUUCUAUCCUCAACCAUCUAAUGUGGGAUUUGAUCAAAUAAAUCGUCUACCCACUAACCUGUCGAGUGCACCAUUCCUUCAAUCUAGUAUACCUACCAACUGUAAUUCCACUAAUCAAUUUAGUAACAGUGGGUUUCAGAAUCCGGGUACUUGUUUACCUUGUAUAUCAACAAUACCAUAUGACAAUUCAACGUUGAUUUCUAAUUUCGAAGAAAUUCAACCAUUAGAUUCUAAAGAUCUGGAUGAUGAAGAAGAAUUCAGUGAAAAUUCUAGACCAUUGUCCCCGGUCGAUAAUAUAAACCAACCAAUCAAUUAUCUUUUUCAUCCUGUAGCCAGUAACCCUGAACCAAUCAGCAAUCCUAUAAAUAAUAUAAUCCCUCAAUGUAUGAUGUAUUGCGCUGCUUCAUCUUCUGCUGUUGGGUUACCUACUUCCGACUCAGUUAUUAGCAAUAGCAGGACAAAGGGUGGUCUUGGCCAAAUUCCUGGGAAUGUUCCUGCACCUGAUAUUUCAAACAGUAAUUUCGUCACACAAUCAUUGUUGCCAAUGAACUUAAACUAUAUAAAUGAUAUUUUGUCUCUGCCUGUCGGUCGUUUAGAAAAUGGAGGCGUCAACCUUUUUAAUUGCCAAGCUGGUUUAGAAGAAGUACCCCCUCUCGUUCCACGCCUUUCUGAGCAACCAGGUGCUACGCUUGUUGGAAUUUCAAGAUCAACAUCUUGCAAUGAGUCCACAACUCGUGAUCCAGUUAUCAUUUCUCAAUCGGACAAUGUAGCUUACCAGUCAUAUAGUACUCAUCCUUUACAUAAUAUGACAAAUUUAAAUCAUAUCUCUACUUGUAAUCAGGGUGGGAUUGGCUAUAAUUCUUCAGUUUCUUUCGCUCCAGAGGAAUUGGUAAAUGUUACUGUCACUAUUCCUGCCUAUCUGGAAACUACUUUGAAGAAUUUGGUUUCUAACUUAUGCUCAAACCCUUCUCAUGCUUGCGUCUUGAUACCGACCGUAGAAUCUAAUGAAAUAUCGUCUUUUUAUCGUUGCUCUGGUGUGCGAGUCGUUGAUAUACCCGAUGGACACAUGUUUGUUGGUAUUCCUGGAAAUCGACACAUACCCUCUGGCACCUGUUUACACAGCACAUUUCUGGCAACUGUCGAGGGGAACUCUGAAAAACUUUUUGUUCUCGCAUCUGGUGCUAAUUCUGAUGGUAGUUUUUCGGGACCUCAUAUUUACAGGAUUCCAAAAGACUCAGCUCUAGUUCUAACUCACACAGGAAAUAUUCAGUUGUUAGACAAAGCUGCUCUUGUUGUUCCGGUUCGUUCAAUGGAGCAUUCUCAUUCUAUCAGUCCACCUAACUCUCCUGUUCACGAAUCGGGAACAAAUCCUGUCGUGUCGUCCGUGUAUGUCCGAAAGUUACCUAUACCUUCAGACGUUGAUGCACUAAGCUUUGAUGAUGUUCUUGCCCUUUUAAUGGCACUGCGUGAUGCACCACAUGGUGCUAUGCAAUCACAUCACUUAAAUAUGAUUGGUACAAAUACUGAUGGAGAAAAUGUCGCUAUAGGACCAAACGCUUUACCAUUUGAUAAUAACUUAGGACCUGAAUCUUUAAGCCGCCGGUCAUCUGCUGCUACGACUGUACUCCCUGCAUCACCUAAUUACUACUCGGCACAAAUACAAGCUGUCCCUGCAUCUUGUAUGAAUCCUAACCAGUCGUCAUUAACCGUAAAGAAUCAGCAACAAGUGCAAAGCUCACUUCAGUCUGAGUUAAAUACAACAUCCCAGUUUUCAAUCCCUAUUUCUAUUGGUCAACAACCAACCAAUCAAUUGACAGGCACAGUUAAUUCACGGCUUUCUCUACCUGAUCAAAUUCAAUCACUUAUUCAGUCUGUGAACCAACAAUUUUCUCUACAAUCACUUCCGUAUUCUGCUGUAAAAAGUGGUACUACACAUAUAAAUCAACCAAAUUUGUCAACAGAUAAUAUGCAACCAGUUCAGUCUAUCGUUGCUCAAAACCAAUUAUCUUUACCGCUCAAAAAUAUGUUUUCACAACAACAGUUAUUACAGGAUCAAAUAUUAGUAAACAACCAAACUCAAGGCAAUCCAUCCUGUUUACCGAGUUUACAGUCACAAAAUCAGCAGCAACAACCACAACAACAACAACAGUCCACCGUAUUUCCACAGUCACAUACACAGGCUCAGUCAAAUUCUAGUCAAUCAAAAGAUUCACAACAUCAAACAGCUGUGCAACCAAAUACACAACAACUCUUACAAUUAUUAUCAGCUCUUAAUACUCUACAAAAUUUAGACCAGGUACCUCAGUUGCUUUCGAAUCUUCUAAAGACUUCGAGUCAGUUCGUUAAUCCGGGACUUAAAUCCGCAGGUUCGGGAGCUGUUGGCACGGCUCCAAGUGUUGGUGUAGUUCGACAUUCUAGACAAGUUUCUCCUCCAGUAUCAACACAACCUGUAACUCUUUCUUCAACUCAAUCUCAAACAAAUCAUAUUCCCCAACGGUUUAAUAGUGUUGCAUAUCCCUCUGUAUCUAAUGCAGGAGUAUGUGCAGCCAGUGUGAACUCUUUGCCUGAUUUAUUGGGUCGUUUACUAUCAUCUGCGGCUGCCAACUCCGAAUGGCUUAGUGUCAGUGAUGUUCAUAAACAUCAAGGUAUUCAAAUACAUCCCUCGUUUGCGCAAAGUAAUCUCUCAUCAUGUGGAUCCACUCUGGAAAAUCAAGAGAGUUUGAAUAUUCAAUCUGCAGUAAAAACAUCGACAGUUCAAGGUGGUGGAAUUCUCACAUCUCAAUCAUCACAGCCUAAUCAACAGCAGCAACAGUUAAUCCAAAUACCAACACAUCAGCAGUCAACUCAAAUGCAGUCUCAGUUACAACACUCUCAGUUAGUAAGUUCACAACAAUCUUCUCAAAUGCAACCACAUGUCUUACAGCAAUCUCAUGCAACAAUACCAUCUACACAGACUCAUUGUCAGCAGCAACCGCCUCAAAUGUCCGGACAAAUUCAACAACUAACUCAGCUGCAGCCAACGCCACAGCCGGCCCAAAUACAACAACAACAAACGUCUCAAAUAUUAUCUCAGAUACCAUCACUUCAGGUACAACAACAAACACCGGUUAACCCUCAAAUACAAACACAUCAAAUACACCAACAACAAGCAUCUCAGAUUCCAUUGCAACAACAAGGUACACAGUCUCAGACACUACAAGCAUCACAACAACAACAAUCCUCUAAUCAACCUCAUAUCACACAACCUAUUGCUGGGCAGCAACAGUUUCAGUAUAAUUCACAGCAGUGGCAACAACCACAACAUCCAUUAAAUGUCAUGCCAAAAUUAUCUUCUCCUUUGCCAAUCAAAGACAGAAAUCAACAACAAUUAUCUUUAUCUACUGCUCAUUCAUACCUGAAUCAAAUUUUACCCGAGUUGGCAAAUGCUAUACGCUUAGUCCAACAAACUCCUGAUAAUAAUAGUGUUGGUUUUCUCCCUUUAGAUGUUCAGAAUAAAUUACUCACUCUUCUACAACAACAACAGGUUCAAAACCAACCUCCUCACCUAUCAGCUCAAGAAUUACCGUUCAAUUUCACAGGGACAAAUACCACAUUUCCUACUUGUGUAACCGUAAAUAAUAGUACUAAUCAAGUUUUAAAUGUCCACCCUUCAUCGAGCAGUUCGAAACUGCCUAUUCCUUCUAAUUCGAAUUUCGCUUCUUUAAAUCGGUUUAUUGUCACAGCUUCUAAUAUAUCAACAUCUAAUCCGAUAUGUACUGCUAUAACCUCCAGUUCAACACAUGACUAUGUAGCAUUACCUGUUGAUGUGACUAAAGAUAUUAACAAUGUUGAAUAUCCCCUUACUAGUCUACCAACUGAACAGCCAAGCAUCUCUUCAACAAGGCCUGUGAAUGCAUCAGGAACAACCGUUGCUAACAAGUUUACAGUGGCUCCUGCAAAUCUGGAAGAUGAUGAUACAGGUGCUUCGACGAUCCCUCAAAUAUCUGGACCCAAUCAACUGCAUCAAGCUCCGCCUCCAAGACCGCCUAGACAACAACGUGCCUAUGCUGCUUCAGUAGUUGGAGUACACGUAACAAAUGAUUCACCAGGGCAUGCAUCGAUGGCGGUUAGUGGGACAAAUGUCAGUCUGAUACCCAAUAUGAAUCAAGCUAUGCCUAGUAAUGGAACAGUUACAAAUGUCAAUGUAGGACUUAAUAUGAAUCAGCCUCCGCCUAUCGGAUCAGCGACAAAUGUCAAAUCAACUUCCAAUGUUCCAUCAGCAAACAAGAUUGAGAAUAUACCCUUACAAACUGGCCCAUCAACUGUAACUUUUCCAACUACUACAUUAACCGUUACGCUACCUCGAACUCAGAACCUUCCUCCUCAUCAACCUAAGUCAUCUGUUCCGAAUAUAACAAAUGCCAUUCCGUCAAAUGUAGUUCAUUUAUCUACUUCUGUAAUUCCUGCCUCUAAUAUAACUAAUCCAAUUCAAUCUGGAUCUCAAAUUUCAACUACAAAGUGA